CAAAUAUACAGAAUUGGUACCUGUCAUCUAGAGAUAUUUAAGGGUUACUGGAAACUUACAUGUGUUAUAAAAUAUCAAAAUGUUAUUUGGAGGAAGAAAAUAAUCCAGUGACUUAAUGCUUGACUCGUUCUGUUGAUAUAACGAGGCCAGGUAAUACUUCACCAUAGGUAAACCAUACAAAACAGUAUUUACCGAGAGCUGACCCAAAUAUUUUGUUUAUCUCUGAACUUGAAAGGCUGAUGAAGAAACCCCGAGUUUGUGUAGUGGGGGCAGGGGUGAUAGGCCUGUCCACCGCCGUGCGGAUCCAGAAUGAACUGCCCAACUAUGACGUCACGGUCCUUGCUGACCGUUUCAGUCCGGACACCACAUCAGACGGGUCGGGUGGAUUCUGGCAGCCACAUCUAGUGGGCGGAGACAAUCAGGAUAUGGUCAUACAGUGGGGUCGCGACACUUUGAAUUACCUAUUUUAUUUAGCCACAUCACCACUGGCGAAUCGCCUCGGGGCCCAGAUGGUUUCCGGCUACUCUUUCUUCUCCGAACCACAGUGUCCGGAGUGGCGACACCUGGUGCUAGGUUACCGAGAGGUGGACAGUCGGGAGAUCAAACUGCUCUUUCCCAGGGCCAGAUUUGGUAUGUUCUAUACUACCGUGAUGAUCCAUGUCAAAGCUUAUCUGUCCUGGCUGAUGUCAAGAUUCAAACACAACAAUGGUAAUGUCAUUGACGCAAGAAUCGACAAGUUAGAGGAUUUAGUGAAAGAGUAUGACGUAAUUGUCAACUGUACGGGGUUGGGAGCCAGGAAACUCAUCAACGACCAUGACGUCACACCGAUCCGCGGGCAGGUCACGAGGGUCAAAGCCCCAUGGGUGAAACUUUUUAUGACCUACCAGGGAACGCAUGGACACUGCGAGAAUUACAUUUUACCAGGAGCUGACGCGGUGGUCCUUGGUGGAACUGGUCAGGAGGGAAACUGGAACACAGGUGUUGAUGACGAGGACCGCAAAAUGAUUUUGGAGGGAUGCGUGGAAAUGAUGCCUAGUCUGAAGGAAGCAGAAGUGGUGCGACAUUGGACCGGAUUACGUCCCCACAGAACUUCCGGAGUACGUCUGGAAACAGAGAGACUCGCAAAGGGGAAAUUGGUGGUACAUAAUUACGGACACGGAGGAGCGGGGGUAACGUUACACUGGGGUUGUGCAGGACAAGUCGUCAGAGAAAUUCGGACGGCCUUUACGCCAAACUUUUCGAGACUUUAAGAAAAUCUAGUCAUCUUAAUUAUUUCUAACAAUGACAGAUUUCAAGUAUUUUACAGAGAAUCAAACAAACCGUGUUUCAAGAAACAUGUUUAGACUGUGGAUGACAAGAGACUAUUUUUAGACUGUGGAUGACGAGAGACUAUUUUUAGACUGUGGAUGACGAGAGACUAUUUUUAGACUGUGGAUGACGAGAGACUAUUUGACUCUCUGAUAUGUCAGAAUAAAGGAAGCAAACGUUUCAAUACGUGAUCAGUUGAUUACUGUAGAUCAUGAAAUCUGUCUAAUCCAAAACUUGUACAAAUGUGUUCAGUGUGCUUUUUACUGUGUAUUCAAAUUCAAUCGAACACUCUUAUGUUAAUUAUAAUCUAUAAAUAAAACAGAAAUAAGUUUCUGAUAAAGGUGUAGUCAUUGGAACAGUGCAAUUGUAGACGAAGUAUAACUCGAUUCUUUUUAAUAUAUGAUAAUGAAAUAAAAAGAUAAAUCAUAUUAUUCAUGGUCAA